CCCCCCCCAACACAGACACUCAUACCAGCAGCAGAUUUACAAGCAGGAGAGUCUCCCUCGGCCACACACAGCAGCAGUAUCACUUCCACCAUGAACAAUCUCCGAGUGAGCCUGAACUGUGGGAGACUGUUCGCUGCCAUCGGGCUGGUCCUCUUCUUCCUAACUUCUUGCACCAAUUACUGGCUGCACGCUGUCACCUACCCGAGCCUGAACAACACCGAGCUGGAGCAGGCCUCCAAUUCAACUGGAGCUAGUCAGAAGUACAUCAGUGAAAAAAGGAAUUCAACUGGAUCAAAUCAAGAAGAUUUCACUGGGAUAGAGAAUUCAACCGAAACAAAUCAGCCACUUGCCCUUAAACAAUCUUCAUACCGCAGAAAUCGAUUCAAUAAAUACAGAAUCUUAUUUAUUAAGCAGAUGACUCUGACUUAUCAUCAUGAAGGGUUCUUCUGGAGAUGCUGGUUCACUGACGAAUGGACAGAAGAAACAAUUUUAAAAUUUGUCUUCAUUAACCAACCACCUUCAAAAUGCUGUGUACAUGCCUAUUAUUCGCCAUUUCCAAGCACCAAAGGAGAAACCUCCAUCGAAUUUGAGUCUGCAAUCGUUUAUCGUAAGUGGUGGAGUGCACUCAUGUUUUUGGCAGUGAUAGGCAUUUCAAUUGGAUCUGUAACCAUCAUUGUUAACAUAUUUUGUGACAAUCAUGAGAGGUAUAAAACUGUGGGAAUCAUAUUUUUGCUGUCUGGUUUUCUUUACAUUGUGUCGAUUGUCAUGUAUGUCUACUGGAUAUCAGCUAUACCUCAAAUGAUGAAGCAAGGCAGUAUAUCUCUAAAUAUUGCCAAGACGGUAGUGAGUUAUGGUUGGUCCUUCAUGGCAGCUCCUGUUGGAAUAUUGUUCUCUUUGAUUUCAGGCUUGUUGUUCUUUAAUAUUCCAUACAAGGAAAAGAACAUCAUUUAAAUGUCAAUUCAAAUUCUAACUUGUAAAUUGGCAUUUAAAUUUAAAUGCACAGUCAAUAACAAAGUCUGAAUGUAUCAGUGUAUUUUAUCUUGCCAAGAUAUCAAAAAUAGAAUAAUCCGCUUGAAUAGCUUUAGAAUGUUAUCAACAGCUUCAGUUUUGAAUGCUUUUUAUGACAAAAUGAGGUGAAAUGGUUAAAAAUAAAAAUAAACUCAGUGCAAAUCUCUGUAAUAGACAUGGAAGUGACUUUGGCUGUAGGAAGUAGUUUUUGGCAAAACCUUUGCUGAAGUGUGAGGCAUCCAGAGAGGAAUAUGAAGGCAACUUGAUGCAGUAACAUCGUAAUUGUCAGUAACAGCCAUUAACCCUUCUACCAUACCGCCACUCAAGUCUUUCAUUCUGUUCUAACUGCUUGCAUCGUAAACUAUUUGCAGUCAAUUCUGGUCUCAGAUUCAUGGUGGCGAGUUGGCUGUUCUGAUCACAGAAGUGAGAAGACCCUUAGUGUACUACUGAUGGUGAUAGAAGGGCAAGUAGAGCCAGUAUCAUGACUAGACCACGUGAUCGAGAAAGAAUUUCAGAUCAAUUUAUGAACAUUAUUAAAAAAGUAAAAGCCCUUCUGAUUGUGAAGUUUUGUUAGCUGCUGACAAACUAGAAUGUCUACUGAUGAGAAAAACCAAAGCAACCUGAUCGGAUAGCUGAAAAAAAAAGUGCUGCCUACUCUGUCAUAUCAGAUGGGGGCAGCCAGCCUUAUCACUCAGAUGGGAACAUACAAAGAACAAAGAACAAUACAGCACAGGAAUAGGCCCUUUGGCCCUCCAAGCCUGUGACAACACUUCUUGGCCUUCCCUAUUAAAACUGUCUUCACUUGCAGGAUCUGUAUUCCCCUAUUCAUGUAUUUGUCCAGGUGCUUCUUGAAUGCUGCUAUUGCAUCUACUUCCCCCACCUCCUUUGGCAGCGUAAUCCAGGCACUCUGAAAUCUCAAACUUUCCUGCUUCGCUGAUGCUGCUUGGCCUGCUGUGUUCAUCCAGCUUCACACCAGAUUCUCCAGCAUCAGCAGAUCCUACUAUCUCAAUCACCACACUUGGUGUGAAAAACAUUCCUUGCACAUAUCUUUUAAAUUCUCCUCCCCCAACCCCUUGCACAUUGAACCUGUGUCCCCUAGAAAGUGACCCCUCUACCUUGGGAAAAAGCCUCAUAAUUUCCACUCUUGCCAUGCCAUUUAUAUUCUUAUAAACUUCUAUCAGGUCACCCCUCAACUUCCUGCAUUCCAGUGAAAACAAACCCAGUCUAGCAAACCUUUCUCACUUCUAAAAUCCCCCAUACCUGGCAACAUCCUGGUGAACCUUUUCUGUAUCCUCUCUAAAGCAUCCGCAUUGUUUUGGUAGUGUAGUGACUAGAAUUGUAUAUAGUAUUCAAAGUAUGGCCUGACUAAAGUUUUAUAAAGCUGCAGCAUAACUUGUCUAUCCUUAUACCCAAUGUAAUUCCAAUGAAGGCAAGCAUGUCAUAGACCUUUUUUUAUUGCCUCAUCUAGCUGCGCAGUCACCUUUAGUAAUCUGUGGACCUGCACACCCAGAUCUUUCUGCAUAUCAAUACUCCUAAGGAUUCUACUUUUCACUGUAUAAUUUCCACCGCACUUGACCUUCCAAAACGCAUCAACUCACACUUGUCCAGAUUAAACUCCAUCUGCCAUUUUUCUGCUCAUGCUUCCAACUGAUCUGUAUUAUGCUGCAUCGUCUGACGAUCCCCCUCACUAUUCAUACCUCGACCAAUAUUUGUGUCAUCCGCAACUUACUAAUUAGCCCAGUUACCUUAUCCUUCAAAUCAUUUAUGUAGAUCAUGUACAGCACUGAUCCCUGUGGAAUACCACCAGUCACAACCCUCCAUUCUGAAAAGCAUCCUUCCACAGCUACCCUCUGUCUUCUCUGACUAAGCCAGGUCUGUAUCCAUCUUACCAACUCACGUGAUAACAUGACUUCACCUUUUGAACCAGCCUACCAGGAGGGACGUUGUCAAAGGCUUUACUGAAAUCCUUGUGGAAAAAUUGCUUCCAAAUGGAACAUAUGGGCGAAAGUAAAACUCAUGGCUGGAAUUUUGAAGAGUUUUGUAGGUCUAGAUGCAUUAAUCAGAGCAGUUUAGGAGAAGUCUUGAGUGAACAAUCAUGUCAAGAAAGAGAUACACAUAUCCUAAUAAAUGAGGCGAGAUCAUCAACGGAAGGGGACAUUGCAUCUAAGGAAGAAAGAGCAGUUAAGAAACCCGAUUGGACAGUUAGUUUUACUUUGUAAUUAGAUAACUCAAUGCCAGAUAUGCUGUACAGGACUUUAUCACUGUGAUAGAAGGAGCCGCAAGUGAGGAGGUCUUGAGCACAUACAAAACAUCAAAGAAAUUAAAUUUAGAGAAUCGCAUGUAAAGCUUUCUAACCUUGAAUGACAAGAUGGAUAUUAAGUUUGCUAUUUUUGUGUUACUUUCCAUGCCAAUCUUUGAUAUUUGUGCACAACUGUCUUUAUAAUAUUCCUGGUGGGUAAUAUAGAAAGCGGUUUCCUUGGCUUGGAAGCCAAGAAAACAAAAUGGGUAGUUAUAUGACCAUUAUUUACAGCUAUAAAUUCGGUAUUCAUUUUGAUGCAAAUCUCAUACAUAUAAGGAAUUAUCAAUGAGGUUUAUCUGUUGAAUAACUGAUCUAUAUGGGAUAAUGUAUACAUGCAACAAAAUAUAUCACUGAAGAAUUGCUAAGGAUUGACUUUGCUGAUAUAAAAGAACUGUAAGAAAAAUGAUAUUGAAAGUAAAGUGAUUUGAUGAAAGACACACAUUAUCAAGCUGUUUCACUGAAAGCAAAAGGCUUGCUUGAAGAACUUCUCCGAAAAACUAUGUGUUAUACUGCUAAGGCUUAUAUGAAAAGUGAUAACCACUUUUUGUCUUUAAUUUUUCUUUGAUUAGAAGUUCUCGUUUAUAACAAAGUGAAAUUGCUUACCUUUUUCCUGCAGGUGCAAUGUGUCAAUUAUAUGUCAGUUAUAUUUUUGUGACAACAGUUAAAAAGGUAUCAUUUCAUUACUUACAUCAAGGACUUAUAGAGAGAGAUUGCCAACACAUAAGAGUAUAAGACAUAAAGCAGAUGUAUGUAAUGUUUCAAAUUGCAAAUAAAGUUAUUAUAAAGAAAA